AAAAUAAUCAUCACAAACUUGAUGGUUUAUCAUUAGAAUGUUGGUAGUGGUGGUGAUUGGUAAAUUCUGAUGAAGUGAAAAUGGCGAUUCCACGAACUCAUGAAGAUAUUGAAGCUCAAAUAAAAGAGCUUCAAUCGAGAAAGAAGGAAAUAAACGAGGAUGGCCUGACAGAAAAAGAGCGCGUCGGUCUUGGAGAGAGUGGCUUCUAUGAUCGAGAAAUUUAUGAUGGUGGAGGAAAGUUUGAAGGCUAUGUUACAUCCAUUGCAGCUAAUGAUGAAGUUGACGACGAUGAAUUCGACGUUGGACCUUUCAAUCAGAACAAGCGAGCCGGUUACACGGCGCCUGUUGCUCUACUCAAUGAUAUUGCCAAGAGUGAGAGCGACUAUGAUCCGUUCGCUGAUCGUAGGACAAAGACGAUCACAGAGAGAGAGGACGAAUAUCGCCAAAAGCGGAGACGGAUGAUCAUCUCUCCCGAGCGAAUCGACCCGUUCGCUGAAGGAGCAAAAACGCCGGAUAUUGGAUCUCGAACCUACACUGAUAUUAUGCGAGAGCAACUUCUCAAAGAAGAAGAAACGGAGCUUCGCAAGAAACUAGCAGAGAAGUACAAGGACGGCACCUUGAAGGCGGUCUCUAACGGUGAUUCGGCAUCGAGUCGGCCGACCGCCGCGGUCACAGCGGGCAAGAAGCGUGGUCGCUGGGACCAGACGGGACCGCAGGACGCCACACCUGCCAAGAAGCCCGGACCACAGGAGUCGCCCUGGGAGAAAGAGGAUGCAACUCCAGCCAGCACCCGUUGGGACGAGACGCCGGGUCGCGCCAAGGCGGCGUCAGGUGCAGAGACGCCAGGUGCUACGCCGGGUGCUGCCAGUACACGCGUGUGGGAGGCGACGCCCGGACACGCCACGCCGGGACACGAGACGCCCGGACAUGCGGACAAGGCCGGCAUGUCGGCUAGGCGAAAUCGGUGGGAUGAGACGCCCAAAACUGAACGAGAAACGCCAGGCCACAGCGGCUGGGCGGAAACGCCGCGUACGGAUCGCGGCGGCGUGGACCUUAUCCAAGAGACGCCGACGCCGGGCGCCUCCAAGCGCCGCUCGCGCUGGGACGAGACGCCGUCCAAUCAGAUGCAGGCGACGCCCGUGCUAGGCGCCGGAGCCACGCCUACUGUGGCCGGGGCCACGCCUCAGACGGCAGGAGCCACGCCCAGUAUGUCUACACCCGGUACCGUCAUGACGCCGUCUGGAGUCACGCCUACCGGACAGAAGGCUAUGGCUAUGGCUACGCCCACACCAGGUCACCUGAUGACAAUGACUCCGGAACAGCUGCAGGCGUACCGAUGGGAGCGCGAAAUUGACGAGCGCAACCGACCCUACACAGAUGAUGAACUCGAUUCCAUGUUCCCACCGGGGUACAAGGUGCUCACGCCUCCUGCCGGCUACAUUCCGAUCCGCACGCCCGCACGCAAACUGACCGCCACGCCCACGCCCAUCGCCAGCACGCCGACCGGCUUCUUCAUGCAGACCGAGGAUAAGAGUGCAAAGUAUAUCGACAACCAGCCCAAGGGAAAUCUGCCUUUUCUCAAGCCGGAGGAUGCGCAGUACUUUGAUAAGUUGCUGGUUGACGUCGACGAAGAAAGUCUCAGUCCCGAAGAGCAGAAGGAGCGCAAAAUCAUGAAACUGCUGCUGAAAAUCAAGAACGGCACGCCGCCGAUCCGCAAGGCGGCGCUGCGGCAGAUCACCGACAAGGCGCGCGAAUUCGGCGCCGGACCUCUCUUCAACCAAAUCCUGCCGCUGCUCAUGUCACCCACUCUCGAAGACCAGGAGCGUCAUCUGCUCGUCAAGGUCAUCGAUCGAAUUCUCUACAAGUUGGACGACCUGGUCCGACCGUAUGUCCAUAAGAUACUUGUCGUUAUUGAGCCUCUUCUGAUCGAUGAGGAUUAUUUUGCGAGAGUGGAGGGUCGGGAGAUUAUUUCGAAUUUAGCGAAGGCUGCAGGGUUGGCAACCAUGAUCUCCACCAUGCGCCCUGAUAUCGAUAAUAUUGAUGAGUAUGUUCGUAACACGACUGCGCGUGCGUUCGCUGUGGUAGCUAGUGCCCUAGGUAUCCCCUCCAUCCUACCUUUCUUGAAAGCUGUCUGUCGCAGCAAAAAAUCGUGGCAAGCCAGGCAUACCGGUAUCAAGAUCGUGCAACAGAUUGCAAUCCUCAUGGGGUGUGCAAUCUUGCCUCACCUGAAAAGUCUCGUAGAAAUUAUUGAGCAUGGGUUGGUGGACGAACAACAGAAGGUAAGAACGAUCACAGCUUUGGCAAUUGCAGCCUUGGCGGAAGCUGCCACGCCCUACGGUAUCGAGAGUUUCGACAGUGUGUUGAAGCCGCUGUGGAAAGGUAUCAGGACACAUAGAGGCAAAGGUUUGGCCGCGUUUUUGAAAGCUAUCGGGUAUUUGAUUCCCCUCAUGGACGCUGAGUACGCCAACUACUACACCAAAGAAGUGAUGUUGAUCUUGAUCCGAGAGUUCCAGUCGCCCGAUGAGGAGAUGAAGAAGAUUGUGUUGAAGGUGGUGAAACAGUGUUGUGGGACUGAUGGUGUCGAGUCACAGUAUAUCAAGGAUGAGAUUUUGCCUCAUUUUUUCAAGCAUUUCUGGAACCACCGUAUGGCAUUGGAUAGGAGAAACUACAGGCAUCUAGUCGAUACAACGGUGGAAAUCGCCAACAAAGUGGGGGCCUCCGAGAUCAUCAAUCGUGUGGUGGAUGAUUUGAAGGACGAAAACGAGCAGUACCGUAAGAUGGUGAUGGAAAGUAUUGAGAAAACUAUGGGCAACCUUGGAGCGGCCGAUAUUGAUUCCCGUUUGGAGGAGCAGCUCAUUGACGGUAUUUUGUAUGCGUUCCAGGAACAAACCACUGAAGAUGUGGUGAUGUUGAACGGGUUUGGAACCAUUGUAAACCAGCUGGGCAAGCGGGUGAAGCCCUAUCUGCCUCAGAUCUGUGGUACGAUUUUGUGGAGGUUGAACAAUAAGUCUGCGAAAGUACGACAGCAAGCUGCGGAUCUGAUUUCUAGGAUAGCGGUGGUGAUGAAGACCUGUCAAGAGGAGAAGCUGAUGGGGCAUUUGGGCGUGGUUUUGUACGAGUAUUUGGGGGAGGAGUACCCCGAGGUGUUGGGGAGUAUUCUGGGAGCUUUGAAGGCGAUUGUGAAUGUGAUAGGUAUGACGAAAAUGACUCCACCCAUCAAAGAUUUGCUACCCAGGUUGACCCCGAUCUUGAAGAACCGUCACGAGAAGGUGCAGGAAAACUGCAUCGACCUGGUGGGUAGGAUCGCGGAUCGCGGUCCUGAGUACGUGUCCGCCAGGGAGUGGAUGCGGAUCUGUUUUGAGCUGCUCGAGCUUCUCAAGGCUCACAAGAAGUCGAUUCGUCGCGCGACUGUCAACACUUUUGGGUACAUCGCCAAAGCUAUCGGUCCCCACGAUGUGUUGGCCACUUUACUGAACAAUCUGAAAGUGCAGGAGCGACAAAAUCGCGUGUGCACCACGGUUGCGAUCGCCAUUGUUGCCGAAACGUGUUCACCGUUUACUGUGCUGCCGGCGCUCAUGAACGAGUACAGAGUUCCCGAGUUGAACGUGCAGAACGGUGUCCUGAAAUCGCUGUCGUUCCUUUUCGAAUACAUCGGAGAAAUGGGCAAAGAUUACAUCUAUGCCGUCACACCUCUCCUUGAAGACGCUCUAAUGGACCGGGAUCUGGUCCAUAGACAAACCGCCUGUGCCGCUAUCAAACACAUGGCGUUGGGAGUGUACGGGUUUGGAUGUGAGGAUGCACUGAUCCAUCUACUAAACCUGGUGUGGCCCAACAUUUUCGAAACAUCCCCUCAUCUUGUGCAAGCCUUCAUGGAUGCGAUCGAUGGGUUAAGGGUUGCUCUGGGUCCCACAAAAAUCCUGCAGUACACCCUCCAAGGGCUGUUUCACCCAGCUAGGAAAGUGAGGGAUGUUUAUUGGAAGAUUUAUAAUUCGUUGUACAUUGGUGGACAAGAUACUUUGGUGGCCGGUUAUCCUAGGAUAUACAAUGAUCCCAAAAAUACCUACCUACGUUAUGAGCUAGAUUACAUUAUGUGAAUUAGGGUUUUUAGUGUUUGGACAAUGAAAUUACACUCAAAACAGUUUGAGUUGGAAAAUAAAUCCCAGAAACUCAAAUUUUCGAGUUGGAAUUCAGAUUAUGUGAAUUAGUGUUUCUAAAAAUUGCAAUUUCAUGAAUGAAAUUGCGCUCAAAAGUAAACCUGUUUGAGUUGGAAAAUAAAUCGCAGAAACUCAAAUUUUCUAAUUGGAAUUAAGAUGUGAAUUAUUAUGAAUUAUGAAUUAUUAUGUGAAUUAGUGUUUCUAGAAAUUGCAAUUUCAUUAAUGGAAUUGCACUCAAAAGUAAGUUUGAGUUGGAAAAUAAAUCCUAGAAACUCAAAUUUCCGAGUUGUAAUUCAGAUUAUGUGAAUUAGUGUUUCUAGAAAUUGCAAUCAUGAAAUUGCACUCAAAAGUAAACCAGUUUGAGUUAGAAAAUAAAUCCCAUAAACUCGAAUUUUCGCUGUCUGGAAGCGUUUUCGAUGGAAUCACAUACUAUAAAGAACAACUAACAUAUUGGGGGUACAAUAUAUGGAAAAUAGAAUCCUUCAUGCUCGAUUUUAUGCUGUUUGGACAGCUCUCAUAGGAAUUACAAUACUGUAAAGGAACAAUAAUUUGUUUUGUUUUUUUUUUAGAAAUUUAACACUUGAUACAUAGAUAAAUUGAUAUUUUACUUGAUAUUUUGGACAGUUUUAUGAGCAAAUUACACUUUAAACAUCAUCUAAAGAUUGGGUUUGAUAUGGAUUUAACAAACAAUAUUCUUGAUAAAACUAGUUGAAUAUGCAUUGAAGUUGUGUAACUUCUCCAUAAUAUUGAAAAACACAGUUUUAUUUUUGUCAAAUCAAAAUAAAUUGAGUUUGAAAAAAUAAAACUGUUUUUUUCAAACCGUAUUCUAGUGAAGUCACACUCUGAAAACGAUUGCUUGGAUAUGGAAAAAUAUCAAUAGCAGUACCAUCUAAAAACAAGUGGGUUUGUGAGUGUUUACCACUGAGUGGGGAAAAAACUAUUUUUAUUUUUGGAAAUUGCAUUAUUAAGUUUGAUGUAAACCACAGUGUAGAUUGUUAGUUUCCAGGAUAUGAGUUUGCUUCUCUAGACCGUGUUUACAUCUGAAAAUUUACUAGAAAUAAAAUUUUACUACUAGAUAUCAUCCACUAAGAAAAUUGUUCAAAUUUUAUCACAGAUAUUUCAAGUUUUUCCAUUUGUAGCCUACAGUUGAUUUGUAAGAUUUUUCUAUUCAUUGUGAUUACAAUAUCGUUCUCUAUAAGAUUUAUUCAAAGUCAAGUCUUGAAGAAGUUGGUUAGUUCCGUAAUUUUUUUCAAAUUGACAGUUUUUUUAAAAGUUGGAUGUUUAUCGUUUACCAAUUAGACCAUAAUGUUGGAUGAAGAUUAAUAAUAAUGAUGAUCAAAUAGUAAAUCAAGUGUUUUUUAUCAUUAUUUGAACUUCAACAAAAACUAUUAAAAAACAUCAAGUUUAUUUGAAAAUUUAAAUCAUUGCCAUAUAUACUAUUUUGCAGUUGAAACUUGAAUGUAAUUUUUAAAAUAAUCAACCUUAUUUAUUAACUAGUAGACAAAAUUAUCAGUUUGAUUCCACUUAAGUACCUACAUGGACUUUAUUAUUUUUCUACGAUAUUGAUCAUUAAAUUAGUUCAUGAGUUGUAUUUGAUAAGUAUUUGCUAAUAUUCAUCAAUUAAAAACAAUUUUAAAUU